AUGCUAGCUGGUUUAGUAUAUUAUGAAAACAAUUUAACUAACUUUGAAGAAUAUCAUCAGAAAGUGCUUAAGAAAUGUAAGAUCCAUAUAGAUAACCCUCGUAAAUAUGAUGACAAGAUUAUUGAACUUAGCGAGAAGUUAUAUAGUAUCUAUCCUGAUAUCAUCCCUACGAAACUGUAUUCUUAUUAUAAUCAAAUUCAAGUAAAAUAUCAAACAUUCUUGUCAUAUACACAUUUCCACUAUUUUGGUCAAAUUGAAACAGAAAAUAUUCUUAAUCAUCUUGCAUACGUAUCAGAUAAAGCAUACGAAUAUUUAGAACAAAUUUCAAUUAUCAAUUCUUGGAAAUAUCGAAUUUGUUGUUUUCUCUUGCCUCACACAAACUGGAAUACAUGGCUUCACAACCUAUUGGAAAUGAUGAUAGAUGACAUUUACGGUAUCAUCAAAUCAAGCGCAUGGAACUUUGUUACUGAAGUUCAAAAUCUCGCCAAAUAUCUUCAUACACAAAGCCAAAAUUAUUGUGAUUUAAGGAAAUGUCAAGAUGGUGAACUACUCCAAAUUACUCGAGAACUAGCCGAAGAUUUUACCCUCUUUCGACCAUUAAAAUUAGGGAAUUUCUUCACGACCGAAAAAGAAUGGGAAAAAUGUCUUGAGUUUGCAUCAUACGCUGAAAAAUUAAUUAAUGAAGGGAAAAAUAGAGUUCCACAUUACCUUUAUGAUCUGAAUAAUCGGUCAGAAGAAUAUAAUCCUAUUUAUGAUGUUGUUGUUUUUUAUUUCUCAAAAAAAGUUACUACAAUUGAAGAAUUGAACAAAGUAUUAAAAUUAAAUUAA